AUGGAGUGUUUUCGACAGGUCUGGAGGUGCAUGAAGGCGCCGUUUAUCACCCAAGAAAGAGUGCUUGAAAUUGGCCCCCCAACCGAUUUCCGAAAGGAAGAAACCCCGGCUUGCUUCUCAGACGCGGAGUCAGUCAUAUCGCCCUAUAACCCACGCGAGCGGCCAAUUCUGACAAAGGAGCUACAGCAUGUUGAUGUAUCAGGAUCGCCGAGGAUCGAUAAUGAUUCGGAACGGCACGACAAUCGAGAUGACGGAUCUCCAACCAUUGAUCGAGGAGAAAAUGCAAGCCCAGGUGCGGGAGAUGAGCGUGGAGGUGUCAAGUCCCGCUUCCGAUCGCGCAUGAAGUUGACACGAUGGUUCAAGUCGACACCGGUCGAUAAGAAUGAAGACCUUGAGAUACAGGUCUUGGAUAAGAGUGUGCGGGGCGCGACUGAUCACGAUGGACAGCUGGUGGCAACUUUGGAUAGAUCACCUGCCUGA